AUAAUUUUGGGCCUUUCAAAAUAAUGUUGGAAAGCGUCGUCUUCUUCUUCUUCUUCUUCUUCACCAUACUCCUCUAACCUCUUCCAUUCUAGUCACUGUAGAGCAAAUUCAAGAAAGGCAUUUCUAUUAGGUGGUCAAUCUUCGCAUCAUCUGUUGAUUUAUUUUUUCAAAUCUGUGAUUAUCGACGUACAAUUUCCCUAACCUUCGAGCUUUCUUCUUGUUGCAUAAUUCUUGCUGUUAUUGCUAAUCCCAUUGUAUGUACUGCAAAAACCCUCGAGUGUCCCAGCAAUUCUCCUGAUAUAUUCUCAUAUGCCCUGAAUUCACCGAUACCUGACGCAAAUCGAAGAGGAAAUAGCACACUCGGCGACGGGAGCUGCGCGCAUGUUGUAGAUUCAGAAGGGUUGAGGCUUGAAACUACAAUGAACCAGCAUAAUCCAAACAGCAAUAACAAUCCGAUUAGAGGAAAUAUAAGUUUUGCAAAUGCAGGGGGGACGCAGAUGCAAAUGCAAAUGCAAAUGCCGAUACAAAUAUCCAUGAACAAUAACCAACAACAGGUACCCCAUCAGUCUCAUCUUCAGCAUGCGGGAAGGCCCUAUUUCACAGGACAUUUUCAACUAUCUGAAGCUCAACCUCAGGUGUUUGUCCAAGCUCAGUCUGGGCAAGUUCAAGCUCCUUCACAAAUCUUGGCCUCACCCCAGGGAAAUGCUAACAUCAGCAUCUCAUCCCCUCCCGUGUCCACACCGGGUUCUGGUGUGGCUGGAACAGCCAAGCGCCUUCACAAGCCUCCUUCUCGGCCUUCUGGGGGAGCCUCUGGCCAGGGCACCGCUUCUCCUAUGAAAACUAUGGAAUUGGCCCCUGCUGUGCGUAGAGGGAAGCGAAAGCUUCCUGAUAAAGUAAUUCCAGAAAAAGUUGCAGCAUUAUUUCCAGAAUGUGCUCUUUACACUCAAUUGCUUGAAUUUGAGUCUCGUGUAGAUGCUGCACUUGUAAGAAAGAAGACUGACAUUACGGAAUCUCUGAAAAACCCUGUCCGGGUUCAAAAGUUUCUUCGCAUAUAUGUCUUCAAUACUUAUGCUAACCAAACAGAUACAAUUACAGAUAAGGGAAAUUCUGAGCCACCUUCAUGGUCUCUUAGGCUGAUUGGACGAAUUUUAGAAGAUGGCAAGGAUCCCAUUGUGGAAGGACAGAUGAAGAAACCAAAGUGUUCAUAUCCAAAGUUAUCAUCUUUUUUCAAGAAAAUCACUGUAUACUUGGAUCAGAAUUUAUAUCCAGAUAAUCAUGUGAUCUUAUGGGAGAGUUCUCGAUCACCAGCGCUCCAUGAAGGUUUUGAGGUGAAGAGAAAAGGCGACAAGGAGUUCACAGCAAUUAUUAGAUUGGAGAUGAAUUAUGAACCUGAAAGGUUUAAGUUGUCUCCAGCAUUGCAGGAAGUUCUUGGGAUUGAGGUGGAGACACGUCCCAGAAUAAUGGCGGCCCUUUGGCAAUAUGUAAAGAUGAAAAAAUUGCAAAUUCCCGGUGAAGCUUCUUUUUUCAUGUGUGAUCCGCCUCUAAGGAAGGUUUUUGGUGAAGAUAAAUUGAAAUUUUCCACUGUUCCUCAAAAGAUUACACCGCACCUCACCCCACCUGGGCCCAUACAUUUGGAGCAUAGGGUGAAGCUUUCCGGGGUUAGUCCAUCUGGAAAUACUUGUUAUGAUGUUCUGGUUGACAUUCCAUUGUCACUAGAGGGUAAAUCGACUUUCUUGACUAGUUUAGAGCAGAACCAAUCGAUUGAUUCCUGUGAUGAAGCUAUUUCUUCUGCUUUGAAGAAGAUACACGAGCAUUGCCGCCGGCGUGCUUUCUUUCUUGGAUUUAGUCAGUCACCUGCAGAGUUCAUAAAUGCCUUGAUCACUUCUCAAGCCAGGGAUUUGAAAGUUGCUUCUGCCGAUGCUGGCCGUGAUGCAGAGAAAGAGCGUCGGGCAGAAUUCUAUGAUCAACCAUGGAUUGAGGAUGCGGUUAUCCGGUACUUAAAUCGCAAGCCUGCUGUUGGAAGUGACGCUGCUGGAAACAAGUAGGAGUAGUUGUGACGGGCGAGCUGUGUUUGUAUAGCCGACUCCAUUUAACUCAUCAUCGGCAUUUUGCAACGAUGGAAGACAAAACUUGUGAGUUCUUGUCAUUCCAUGUAUUAGUAGCAGUGUUAUGCUAGGAAGGGCACUUAGUCAUUAUGCACAUAUGAUCAAUUAGUUAUUUUUUGCCCAUCUCUGUGUAGGCCUCUCUCUCUCUCUCAUGUUUUUUACCAUCUCUAGACACACCAUUGCUUCUUCUGCUACACUUAUUUUGCUUCUGACUUUAAACAUGUUUCAAGGAUCAUUGUAUUACUUGAGCCAUGCUUCAUUACUUUACCCCGGGCCGGUUCAGGUUCAUGAUUUUUUCAGCCCGGAACCGACGGUUUCUGAACCGGUGGCAACACUACUGACAAUUAAAGUUUUCUUCAAGUCAAUCUGAAAUUUAAAUUUUAUUUGAUAGGAUUGUUUA